GCCGGCGGCCCGUCAGACGGAGCCUGCACAGGUGCCGACGCCGACGGCUGGGCGCGGAGGAGAGCGUCGACUGGCUGUCUGGGACGGGAGCGUGCCGACGGAGACCCCCACCGGUCGUCACUGCCGACCGCCGGCGACUGGGAAAGGUUGCAUUUCGGCACCGCGGCGACCAUACAGUCGGGUCUUCACGAGCGUCCUGUGCUGAGUCUCGGGCCGCGGCGACGGGCCCCAGGGGCCAGAGGAAGCGGCCAUGGUGUCCAGUGGGAGUCGAUACAGUCUCCAUGACGACGACGAAUCCGAGAUCGACGAGACCGACGAGCAUGCCCCGCUGCAAGAUGGAGAGGAGGAGCCGCCAUGGUGGAACAUUUUCCGCAUGGUGCCCAUCGAGGAGGAGACGGGAUCGGCCGUGGAGCACCCCUUCUACGAGGCGUCCAUCAAGGUGCUCAAGGUAGUCGUCUACUUCCUGACGUUCGGCAUCGUGCUGGGCGGCUGCAUGGUGGCCAAGGGCACUAUGCUCUUCAUGACAGCACAGCUCAAGAUGGACAAGAAACUGUCGUAUUGCGACAAAAACAGCGGCCUGGGUCGUUCGUGGAGUGUGGAGAUUCCGGAGAUUGAGAAGGUGGCCUGGACCUGGUGUCUGUUCCUCGCUUUCACUGUUCCCGAGGUUGGGACUUUCGUGCGAUCGGCGAGGCUCUGCUUCUUCAAGACGCUGAAGCGGCCGACGCUGGCCGAGCUGGCCACGGUAGCCGGUCUGGAGAGUCUGCACACGGUCGGCGUGGCCAUCCUGGUGUACGCCGCGCUGCCCGAGCUCGACUCGGUGCGCGCGCUGAUGCUUACCAACUGCGUCUGCCUGGUGCCCGGUCUGCUCGGCAUGAUCUCGCGGCACCCUGAGGAGCCGCACAGGGUGCUGAAGCUGUCGAUGGACGCGGUGGCGCUGCUGCUGCAGGUGACCGGCUGUAUCGUCUGGCCGGUGAUCGAGGCCGGUCGCGGCAACUACACGGCCGCCUGGGCCAUCCCCAGCGCGCUGGUGCUCACAUCGGUCGGCUGGUGGGAGAACUUCGUCACCGAAAAACGGCCCGUCGAGCGCCGCAAGAAAGGCGAGGAGUUCACCAUCUUCGAGAGCAGACCCGAGGGCGAUGACGAGUCGGGCGAGACGGGCUUCGCGGUUGGAUUCUUGACAUUCUUCCAGAACCUUAAGUGGCGCUUGAAUAAGACUCGCUACGUCACCUACUUCUUCGUGUCAGUGUGGAAAGUCGCGGUGUUCUUCGGCAUGAUGGUCCUGCUCAGUUACUUCCGCCUGGAAGACCUGCAAGGUCUGUUCAGAGACAUCAAGCCCAGCUUUGCCAACCAUACGCUAAUUGUCAACGAGACUGGAGGAUCGCUCAACAACGACCACUCGGAUGCCACAGCGUUCUCCAGCGAGUUCAUGGAAACCAAGCCGAUCGAAUCCAAAUGGGCCACGCCGGCCUACGUCUGGCUCGUGCAGCUGUUCGCCGCCUAUCUGGCCUACAUCACAGGCAAGUUCGCGUGCAAGAUAUGCAUCCAGCCGUUCAGCUUCUCCCUGCCCGUGAGCCUGGCGGUGCCGUGCAGCCUGUCACUGCUGCUGCUCUUCUGCGGAAUGCGGGCCGAUGACGCGUGCUGUUUCAACGACUCCAUACCCAGCUACCUGUUCUUCGAGUGCCCGAGCGGUGACUACAUUGACUCGUUCAUGACGGAAGACAUGGUGUGGAUUUGGGCCAUGUGGCUGCUCUCUCAGGUGUGGAUAACGACGCACAUCUGGUUCCCGACCAGCUUCCGUUUGGCGCCCACCGAAAAGCUGUUUGUCACACCCAUGUAUAACGCGCUGCUCAUCGACCAGUCGCUGGCGCUGAACCGGAAGCGCGAUGAGCAGCUGGGACUCGUCGGAGAGGGUGUAGACAUUGAGGACACGAUGGAACGCCGCCCGGACGACGGUAUGGACAGCGUCUCCACCCGCUCAAACAACGAGGAGGAGUCCGCGGUGCGCCACAGCGACCACAUCACCCGCAUCCUGGCGUGCGCCACCAUGUGGCACGAGGAAAAGAGCGAGAUGCUUCUGAUGCUGCAGGCCGUGGCACACAUGGACGCAGACCAGUCGGCGCGCCGCUGUGCUCAGAAGUACCUCCAGAUCGUUGACAAGGACUACUAUCACUUCAAGACUCACAUCUUCUUCGACGACGCGUUCGAGAUCUCCGAUGACGAGACUGAAGAGAUGCAGGUGGUGAACCGCUGGGUGAAACAGCUGUGCCAUUGUAUUGAGGAGGCCUGCUCCAACGUGCAUGGCGUGGCACUUGCUCUUCCACCGCCGGUGAAGACGCCGACGCCCUACGGAGGCAGGCUCAUCUACACGCUUCCCGGCAAAACUCAGAUCGUCGUCCAUCUGAAGGACAAAUCGCUGAUUCGCCACCGCAAGCGCUGGAGUCAGGUGAUGUACAUGUACUACCUGCUUGGCUUCAACCUCAUGGAGCAGCCCAUCGACCCAGAACGGAAGGAGGUGAUCGCUGAGAACACCUACCUCCUCGCGCUGGACGGAGACAUCGACUUCCUGCCGGACGCCGUGAAGCUGCUCGUGGACCUGAUGAAGAAGAACGCGAACCUGGGCGCCGCGUGCGGCCGCAUCCACCCCGUGGGCACCGGACCCAUGGUGUGGUAUCAGCUGUUCGAGUACGCCAUCGGCCAUUGGUUCCAGAAGGCCACCGAGCACAUGAUCGGCUGUGUGCUCUGCAGUCCUGGCUGCUUCUCCCUGUUCCGUGCCCGCGCUCUGAUGGACGACAACGUGAUGAAGACCUACACGACGCCGGCGUCUGAGGCCCGCCACUACGUGCAGUACGACCAGGGAGAGGAUCGCUGGCUGUGCACCCUGCUGCUGCAGCGAGGCUACCGCGUCGAGUACUGCGCUGCGUCGGAUGCCUACACCCAUGCUCCAGAAGGCUUCAACGAGUUCUACAACCAGCGCCGUCGCUGGGUGCCCUCGACCAUGGCCAACAUCCUCGACCUGCUCGCGAGUCACAGCCGGACUGUCAAAGUCAACGACAACAUCUCCACCCUGUACAUCAUGUACCAGGUGAUGCUGAUGGUUGGCACGGUGCUCGGACCAGGAACCAUCUUCCUCAUGCUCGUCGGAUCGUUCAACGCCGCCUUCGGUAUCAGCAACUGGGACUCCCUGAUCUACAACUCGAUUCCGGUCUUCAUCUUCAUGUUCGCCUGCAUGACAAUGAGCUCAAAGAUACAGCUGAUGAUAGCCCAGCUACUGACAGCGGUGUACAUGGUCGUCAUGGUAAUCGUCAUCAUCGGAAUGGCACUGCAAUUCGCAGAGGAGGGCUUGGAGUCACCAUCAGCCAUCUUCUUCAUGGCCACCAUGGGGAGCUUCGUCGCCACAGCGCUGCUCCAUCCGCUCGAGUUCUACUGCCUGCCGGCGCUGGUGGUGUACUACAUCACCGUGCCCAGCAUGUACUUCCUGCUCAUCGUCUACUCCUUCACCAACAUGAACAACGUCACCUGGGGAACGCGCGAGGUCGCCGUCAAGACCAGGAAGUCCAAGGAGGAGCAAGAGGCAGAGAAGAAGGCACUGGAAGCCGCAAAGAAGCAGCCGGGAGGCAUCAUGGGCUUCCUCAGUCAGUUCAACAGCGGCGCCAAGGAGGAGGAGGGCUCCGUGGACUUCUCACUCGGAAACGUGUUCCGCUGCAUGUGCUGCACAUACCCCAAGGCCAACGACGAGCGUGAACAGCUGAAACGCAUCGCUGACUCUAUCGACAACAUCAACAAGCGAAUGGACUCUAUUGAGGGAGGCGGCCUGGGCCGUCGCCGCACCACCAGCCGCAGCUCGGUGCGCAGCGCGAUGAGUGCCAUCAAGGAGUCUGCCGGGGACGAGACAGAAGGAGACACCUCCGAUGACCUCAGCGCCGCCGAGAGCGAGGAGAAAAUCGUCACGAAGAAGAGGGACCUUCUGAGGAACCCGCUAUGGAUAGAAGACGAAAUGUUUGCUGACAAGGGGAAUGUUGAACUGCUUUCAACAAAGGAGAUCGAUUUCUGGAACGACCUGAUCAAAGCGUACCUCUUCCCAUUGAUUGAAGAUAAGGCAGAAAAGGCCCGGAUCGCCACCGAACUCGAAGAGCUGCGCUCCAAAGUCUGCCUCUUCUUCUUCAUGAUCAACCUGGUGUUUGUGGUGGCCAUCUUCAACCUGCAGCUGCACCAGGACGAGCUGCACCUCAACUGGCCCUUCGGCGCCAUGCACGAGAUCACUUACUCGGAGGAUGCCAGCGGCAGAUCGAUCAAGAUCGCUAUCACAUACCUUCAGCUGGAACCGAUCGGCUUCAUCUUCGUGCUCUUCUUCGCGGUGAUUCUUCUGAUCCAGUUCACUGCCAUGCUGUUCCACCGAUUCGGCACCAUCUCUCAGAUCCUCUCACUGGUGACGCUCAACUGGUGCAGCAGCAAGAAGGAACAGAGCAGCACCGACCUACUCAUGAAGGAGGGCAUCAAGAUGGUCACCCAGAUGCAGAAGGCCAGCGUGCGGCAGGCAUCCGUCUCGAGCGGUGAGGGCGGCGGCCGCCAGCUCGACCGCAGGAAGACCAUCAGCAGACUCGCGGACGAGAAGCGCAAGUCGCGCAAGAUCACCUUCUCGCUGGACGACAACUUCAAACAGACGCUGGAGGACCUGGAUGAGGUCGGAGAAGCCGCCGGCGGCCGACUCACCAGCGCCAACCUGCGCAUGAGCAUGAACAAGAGGCGCGCCACCAUCAAGGCCAUCCAGGACCGUCGCAAGUCGGUGGCGGAGCACCGGCGCAUGUCGCGCAUGAACUCCAUGUCGGGAGCCGCAAUGCGGUCGCACGUCUCGACCCCGUCGACGAGCAGCCAGCAGUACCCGCUGGCGCCGUACACACGCACCUCACACGACGGCGGCUACGACAACGGGGUAUUCCAGGACUCUGGGGAGGACUCUGACUACGACCGGCCGCAGCGGGCGUGAGCGGUCCGGAGUACGGACCCGACGGCCGCGGCCGGCACCCGCCGCAUGGAAUACUGAACGAUUAUACGGCAACUGAUGGAGUGAUGGAGUAGAGAACGGCGGGUGUGAGCGGUCUCGGCCCGGAGACCGACACCCGCCGCAGGGAGUACGGGCCGAUUAUACGGCACUCUGGUGAAGGACUGGAAGACAGCGGGUGUCCUGUCAGUGGACGGUUGGUUGUCCGGUGCAGGACGCAUAGCGCGCACGGGUGCAUACUAUGAUGUGCAAAUGAUGGUGCUAUUGGUGAAAUCGACCACCACUUACGGAAAUGCAUCACAUGCAAUAUUGCAUGGGCAUCAGUUAUGAUAGAGGACUUGUGAAAAUUUUCAAAGCCUUUGUAUCCCGGGUACUAUGCAAAACUACGAAUAAAAAUCCUUACAGUUAUGCCUAGGCUAUUUAGCCUGAAAACACCUGAAAACAAAAGGUUUGUCAAAAAUAUAUUUAUAGCCUUGUAUUUGUGUAUAAUGAGAAGUUAGAACAAUACUUAAUUCAGUGUUCAUGUUAAAUGCAGUAGGUAUAACAUAAACAAACACUUUAUUAUGCCGUGUUCUGUCCAAUAAAAUGGCGGAGAGAAA